UUGAGCUGUGACAAUGAAUCGUGUUAUUUUGAGUGUGGUGGCGCUGGUCGCCUUCUGUGCCUGUGCCUCCCAGGCCCAUCCGGACAUGGACUUCCCCUUCGGGCGCAUUGUCAACGGCGACGCUGCCGAGAUCGAGACCCAUCCCUACCAGGUCUCCAUCCAGACCACCAAGGGCUCCCACUUCUGUGGCGGUAGCUUGGUCGAUGACGACACCGUGGUAACCGCUGCCCAUUGCAUGCAGUCCUAUGGAGCCGACGAACUGCAGGUGCGCCUGGGAUCCAAAUCUAGGAGCAGCGGUGGCGAGGUUGUCAGCGUGCGGGCCUUCAAGUUCCACGAGGGCUACAACAGCAAACUGAUGAUCAACGAUGUGGCCAUCAUCAAGCUGAGCACUCCCGUCCGCCAGACCUCCAAGAUCCGGGCCAUUCCUCUGGCCAGUGUCACCCCUCCUUCGGGCACUCCGGCUGUCGUCUCCGGCUGGGGCACCACCUGUUUCCUGUUCUGCAGCUCCCCCGAUACCCUCCUGAGCGUUGUAGUGGAUCUGCUUCUUGCAAAGGAUUGCGGUUCCUCAGCCUUCAACUAUGGCGAUCAAAUCCAGGACACUAUGGUCUGUGCCACCGGCGAGAAGAAGGACGCCUGCCAGGGUGACUCCGGUGGUCCAUUGGUCGCCAAUGGGGAACUUGUCGGUGUCGUCUCCUGGGGCAACGGUUGUGCCUGGACUGGGUACCCCGGCGUCUACGCUGAUGUUGCCUCUCUCCGAGCCUGGCUCUUGGACACCGCCAAAACCCUGUAAAUUGAAUAAAUAAAAACGAUAUUACGAGUACACAAUUCUAAA